AUGCAACCAGCAGCUACAAUUAGUGUUAGUAAAGUCGCUCUUUUUAAACCUAAUGGAGCAAAUUAUAUUGAUGAAGAUACAACUAUAAAUACUGAACAAGAAUUAUGGUCAAUAAGUGCAACAAGUAAUCGACAAGGUGACGAAGAAAUUUAUGCUCGAGGUUCACAUAUUAUUUGGACAUAUCCACUUCAGAAUAUUCAAUGUCCAUCUUAUAUGGAAUUUAAUACUGAUACGAUACCAAAAAAACUUUUAUGGACGAAAUUUGAUCAAUGUUCAAUGUCUUGUGAACAUGGUGGAACAGAAUUUCCAAUUGUAAUUGAACAUAAUUGUUUAACUGUUCUUGGUAUGGAUAGUGGAUAUACAAAAGUUGCUCUGCCAUUCUCUGUAUCAAAAGUUUGGUCAUUUCAAAAUGGUUUAAUGAUUGAACGACAAUCAAAUGAUCAUUAUCUUCCAAAUUUAUUUUCUCUAUCACAUCCACUUGAUGAAGUUAAACCAGUUAUAUCAAGACAUCAUGGUGAAUGGUUUUAUAGUUUUGAUAAACAUGUUUAUACAACAGCAGGUUUAACUAGUGAUGAACAACUUAUAUUACGUUUUGAUGAAAUUGAUCGAGUACAUAGUUUAUGGUUAUUACGAAAAUGUACUGAUGAAGAUCGUCAUCAAGCAACAAAUAUGACAUUACCAACAUUAAAUGAAAGUCAAUUAGGACAAGGAAAUAAUCAUCAAACAUUAAAUACAAAUACAUUAUUAACACAACAAAAUAUGUCACUUGCACAAAUAUCAAUUAUGAAUAAUACAUUAUCACGUCGUUCAAGUAUAUUAACAACAACAGUUUCAGGUGGAACAACAACUAAUGUUGGAACAAAUUCAUCACCAAAUCCAAGUCAUUUAUUAACAAAUCCAAGACGAUUAGCAUCAAUGGCUGUUAUAUCACGAUCACCAUUAUCUGAUUCAAUUAAUCGUGCAACAACUCGUUUACCAUCAACACAAUUUCUAUCAUCAACAACAACAGCAACACCAUUUUCAUGUUCAACAUUAACUAUAGGUAAUGUUGGUGGAACAACUAAUUUAUCACAGUUUCCAACAACAGCAUUAAUUGAUCGAAUGGGUACAAAUGGAAGUUUUAUGGCUACACUUAAUGCUGAUUGUGCUGCACAUUCAAAUUCAAUACCUGAUCCACUUUGUCCAGAUUAUUGUGUUGAAUUUAUUUGGGCAGAUACAUCAUUUAAUUCAUUAUCGAAAGAUCCAGAACAAUGUGCAACGAAAUUUUUUGGUGUAAGAGAUUUAUCUGAUCAUCGAUGGGUAGCUUUUUUAAUGCCACAUGUUAGACAAUUACGACUUGUUUUACUUGAAAAAACAACACUCGGAACAGUUAAUACUGGUGUAAAUAAAGUUGAAACAAUUAAUGCAAGAGAUGCAAUUUUUGUUGCUUCAUUAAAAUUUCUUGUUGUACUCGAUUUAUCUCGUUCAAUUCUUCUUUAUUCCGGUGCAUCAAAAAUUGCUAAAGUUCUUUUACAUGAAGAAACUGGUCCAUUAUCAUCACAUUCAUUUCUACGUUAUACACCUUAUCAACGUGUUCGAACAUCAAGUCGUCCAACAAGUUUUCAUCGAACACCAUUACCAUUAAAAUUUCCAUCAUCACCAGUUUCAUCAACAUUAACACCGGCACUUAAUCCUCAAUCAUUUCUAUGUGAUGAAAGUCUCAAUGAUUUACAUCCAACAACAAUAUCAAAUAUUCAUACACCUGGUGGUACAACAAAUACAGGAAAUUUCUUAUCAAUAACACGUUAUGAAUCACUUGAUGAUGUUCGUGGUCGAUUAUUUAAUCUUAAAUUACAAAAUAAUCGUUAUUAUACUGUUGAAUUACCUAAUAUUUGUCAUACACCAUUAUGUUUAUCUGCUUUAAAAGCUGUAUGUUCAUGUGUACCACGUGAAGUAUUUAAUCAAUUUAUAGCAAUUUUUUAUUCAUCAAAUAUUGAUCCAAUUAAUGAACAUUCACCAGCUGAAUGGUAUACAUUUGUUAAAACAUUAUUAACAUUAAUUGGUUAUGAUUUACGUAAAUGUUCAUAUAUAAAACGAUUAGAAUCUAAAUCAUCAUCACCAACUCCACCACAAACAAUAAAAAAAACAAAAAUUGAUAUUAAUGAUAUUGAUGAAGAUUGGCCAUUUAUGUUAAAUGAAAUACGUCGUAUUGAACCAAAUUUAGUUAAAUUAUUUAAAAAAGAUGAUUUAACAUUACAAUUACUUGAUAAAACACCUGAUUUAUCACAUGAUGAACAUGAUGAUGGAUUAAAUAAUCUUCCAAUUAUUCCAACAAAUGUUGAUUGUUUAUCAGAUGAUGAAAAUGAUGAAAAUGCUGCACGUGAAUGGACACAUAAUAUAAGUAGUACAAGUAGUACAUCAUUAUUAAUUGAACAAGGUGAUACAUCAACUGGUAGUGUUGAACAUCCAUCACCAGCAAUUAUAUCAAAUAUAUUUCCACAACAAAGACAUAAAGCUGUAUCAUCAACACCAACAUUAACACAUAUUGAUAGAAAUGAUAAACCAAAACAACAACGAAUUAAUCGAUAUACAACAAUUAAUUCAAAUGAUCCACUUUAUGCACAUGCAGGACAAAUUCUUUGUGCUUUACAUGUUAUUUAUGAAGAUUUAACAUUAAAUCAUACAAAAGAUUGUACACCAUUACUUGAACUCUUAUAUCUUUUAGCUUGUGAUUUUGAUUUACAUGAAUAUCGUCAUUAUUAUUUAGCUGAAAAUUGGAAAAUUUCUAAACGCGUUCGUAAAACUCAUCAAUUAUCUCCAAUUGCUUCAAAUAUAUUUAUGCCAAGAUUAUUUGAUCAAACACCACCAAGUUAUUUAAAAUGGGCACGUCUUUUCUUAUCAAAAUCUGAUAAUGGUAGUCAAUUAUCACCAUUUCCAUAUAUUGCUUCAGUAACAAAUCGAAUUGUUCUUUGCACUAAACUUCUUGCUACAUAUUUAUAUCCUGGUAUGUCCAAUGUAUAUUUAAAUUAUUUAUGUAAUAUUGCUGCCAAUAAUAAUGAUGGAACAUCACCAUCACCAAUGUUAUUUACAUCAAUAAAUACAACUAAAAGUGAUAUAUUAUCACGUCAUCAACAAAUAAUUGAUGCUUUUUUAAAUGAUGAUUUAACUUCAAUUGAAUUCGAUAGUCUUCCAUUAUGUGUACAUGCUGUUUUAUAUGAAGCUAUAAGUCAUGUUGCAUUACAUCCUAAAUUUGAUUUACCAAGAAAAACAUAUGAAUUUCUUGGUCGACAAGAAUUAUCUUAUCAUGAUCCAAAAUUAUUUGAUAAAAAUUUCCAUCCAGGUCUUAUAUCAUUACGAAGUUUAGAAUUAAUUCGUGUUUAUGGAAAAGAUUAUCAUAAUGAUAAAACUCGACUUGUUGAAAGCGAAGUAUUAAAAUUACGUUUUCCAGAAGAUUUACGUGUACAAACAAUUGUUGAAUGUUUACAAUCAUCAACACCAGUUAUGAUCGAUAUUGCACAAAGACCAAAUGUAACUGAACAAGAAGUUAUGGAAAAUAAUGAACGAUAUUUAUUUAGUGUUGCUCAAAGAACAAUGUCAUUACCAUUUGGAAGAGGUGCAUUAACACUUGGUACUGUCUAUGCAUCACCACAUGAUGCUUUCAUUAUACCAGAAUUAAAUCUUAAAGGACGAGUACCAUCAUCUACUGUUAUUGUAAAUAUGACACAUAUUGAAGUUCCACAAAAUAUAACACAUUGGCCAUUAUUUCAUAAUGGUGUUGCAGCAUCGUUAGCUAUAAAUCGACAUGCAUGUGAUAUGGGUGAUAAUUGGAUACGUUCACAAAUACUUAAAAAUAAUGAUAUUACAAAUGAACAAGCUGGAUUUUUAUAUGGUCUUGGUUUAAUAGGACAUUUUAAAAAUUUACCUAAAUCAUUAAUUUAUUCAUUAUUACAAAAAGCAAAUGAAUUAACAAUGAUGGCAUCAUUACUUGGAAUUUGUGUAUCUAAUUAUAAAUCAAUGAGUUUAACAUUAACAAGUCUAUUAACAAUCUAUAUAAAAAGUAUGUUACCGCAAACAUUAUUCGAAUGGGAAGUACCAUUUGGUGUACAAAUUUGUGGAAUUAUGGGUCUUGGUUUACUCUAUGCCGGUAGUGGUGAUCGAUAUAUUUCAGAUAUUUUACUUGCUGAAAUAGGAAAACUACCUGUCAGUACUGGUGAAAAAGAAAUGGUUAUUCUUGAACGAGAAGCAUAUGCAUUUACAUCUGGUAUUGCACUUGGUACUGUUUUAUUUAAAAAAGGACUUCAUAAUAUAAAUUCUAAAGAAGAUUUUUUUACAAGUGCUCUUUUAAGUUAUAUUAUUGGAAAAGAACGUGUUUAUUCAUUUGGUUCACUUCGUACACAUAUACAAGUACAUGAAUAUGGUUCAAUGAAUGCUAAUAUAACAGCAACUGGUGCAAUGAUUGCACUUGGUCUUACUUAUUUUAAUACAAAAAAUAAAGAUAUAGCUGAAUGGUUUACACCGAAUGAUAUUAUGCGAUUAAUAGAAUUAAUUCGUCCUGAUCUUCUUCUUUUACGAACUGUUGUUUAUAAUUUAAUUUCAUGGGAAAGUAUAACAAAUACAACAGAAUGGAUAGAAAAACAAAUUCCAGUAGCAUUAAGUAAAAAUGCAUUUCAAACAAAAAUAUCUUUAAAUACAUUUGAUGCCGAAUCAAUAACACAAGCAUAUUGUUAUCUUGUUUCUGGUGUAUGUUUUAGUUUAGCAUUAAAAUAUGCUGGUACAUGGAAUGAACAAACAGCAAAUAUUAUUAGAACUUAUUUUAAACAAUUUCAAAUUUAUAUCGAUCGUUCAGCAGAUGUUGAAAAUGAUCCAGAUUAUUAUGCACCAGAUACUAUAACACUUGAAUUUGUUAUAUCAACACUUGUACUUUCACUUGCUAUGGUUAUGGCUGGUAGUGGUGAUUUACAAUUAUUAAAUCUUUUACGAGCAUUACAAACACGUGUUGGACCUGAUCGAGCACAUGUUACAUAUGGUUCACAUGUUGCUGUAAGCAUGGCAUUAGGUUUAUUAUUACUUGGUGGUGGACGAUAUGGUUUACGAAAUGAUGAUGAUGCUAUACCAAUUCUUUUAGCUGCUUUUUAUCCACAUUUUCCAAUGAGUAGUAACGAUAAUCGUUUUCAUUUACAAAUUUUUCGUCAUUUAUAUGUAAUGGUAUGUGAAUCACGUUUAUUGAUUACAAAAGAUGUAUCAACUCAACAAGUAUGUUCAGUUAAUGGAUAUUUAUGGAUUAAUGAUAAUAAUCAAAUAGAAAAUUUUCGUACACCAUGUUUUUUACCAAAUUUUAUUUCAAUAAAAAAACUUGAAAUAAAUGAUACAAAUUAUUGGCCAAUUAUUUAUGAAAAUGAUGAACAAAUUCAACGUUUAAAACAAAUGUUAAGUCGUGAUGGUCUUUUUUAUGUACAAAAAUCUUCAAUAUUAUCAUCAUUAACAUUAAAAACGACUUCAUCAUCACUUGUACAACUUUUAUCAAGUAAUGAAUCAUCAUUACGUACAUGGUUUCAUGCAUUACAAUUAUAUUCUGGUAUACAACGUAUUAUAACUGAACCAAUUAAUAAUCGUCAUGUUAAAGAAAUUCAUGCAUUAAUAUCAUUUUAUGAAAAAUAUAUAUCAAUUAAAAAUUUAACACAUUCAACUGAUACAGAUGAUAUUAUUUUACGUACACAAUUUACAAAUAUACUUUUUAAAAAUAUAUCAAAAAUGAAAGGAGAUUUACUUGUUGCUUUAAAAAAUCAACAUGAUCCAAGAAGAUUUGCCUUAUUAUUACCUAUUCGAGAAUGGUUACCAGGAUUAAAUGAAGAGAAUUUAUUAUCUCUUCUAGAUACGACUAGGCCAGCGAAAUUGAUUCGUUAUGCCGUUAAUCUUGGACUUGAUUGUGAAUUAGCAUUAUAUUUGCUUAAUGGACCUUCUUAA